AUGGUCCACAUCAAAUACUAUUAUAGAACAGAAUCAAUUUUAUUCUUGAUCAUUCAUGAAUACGAGGACACAACGUCCGAACGCCCUUCGCUUCCCAAGGUCAAUUCACCACGUCUGGCCGUCUUCUUCUUUUUGCUUUCUGCGGCCUUCCUUCAAGAUUGCAGCUUGUCAGUAUGCAAUCUCGAAGGUCCGCCAUACACAAAAGUAGUGGGACGCGCCGACGAAAAUCGUCAUUGGGCUGCGAACCAUGUCGCGAACGCCAGUCUCGUUGCGACGGAAGGAAACCCAUCUGCGGGCCUUGCACUCAACGGUCGCAUGCGGCUGACCGGUGUCUUUACAGACGCAACAUUAUACCUUGAAGUCCUUCAUCGUCAUAUUCGCGAACUGGAAGAGGCGUGCCACGAAGCUGGAAUUCCAGUGCCCACAUUUAACCCAGAUGUUUCAUCCAUGGACUCAGACGAGGAGACACCUCAAAUUGGCUUGGGAAUCCAAUUCGAUACGCAGCCAGCUUUCCCAAAUCAUGGAAAUACUCGCGCCUUUCCACCUCCAAUAAAACCGGAAACCUUCCCUUCCCUUCUGACAAACCCGCAGAGGCAACCGAAUAAGUUUAUCGGAAGCCCGCCUAGUGCGUGCCUAAUACGUCUUUUGACCCAAGGCCCUCUGCUGAGAGAUAUCCCCUAUGGUCCUACUCAUGCUCAUUUCGAUGGUUCCCUUCUGCCACCACGGGACUUUGCCGACCAUCUGUUGGGUUGCUUCUGGGAUCGGGUUUACUGCCUUUUUCCUCUGUUUGACCGAUCCAGUGUUCAGGAUGCCUAUGAGGGUCUCUGGACAUCCGGCAACACAAAAGACCAAAAGUCGAGUGAACUCAACAUCGGCCUGGGUGGCAAGUCUGACUCCGGUCGUCAGUCACCAGUCUUUAUUUGUGCACUGAACAUUAUGUUUGCGCUUGGGUGUCACUUUGCCGAUAUCUCUGUUCCAGAUCGGAAUGCCAUCGCGCAUACCUUCUUUCUUAGGGCUAAACAAAAUUUUGGCCUAGAUCUACUCGAGGUCCGCACUUUUGGUGCUGUCCAGACCCUCUUAUUGGCUGCAUUGUAUCUUCAAAGCAUACCUGAUUCCCAUAAGUCUUGGGACUUGGUAGGUGUGGCGUGUAGAAUUGCUCAGGGGCUUGAGCUUCACGAAAAUCACCCAGGCAGCUUCAAGGACCCGCUAGAACUGGAAAUUCAGCGUCGCACAUGGCAUGGGUGCGUCAUGAUGGAUACGAUCGUGAGCAUGGCUUGUGGGAGGCCUAGUACAACGUCUUCCUUGCCUGCCAUACCAUUCCCAGGGGGAGUAGGCCUUACACCUACGAGCACCAAGGAGCCAUACUUGACAGCCUUCUACCCCGCUAGUCUAGAGCUGUGUAGUCUUCUAGACACUGUCUUGUCGGCUGUGCACAAAGCACGGUGCGACCGAUCGAGCACCCUGGCUAGCUCAACAACUACACAACAGGACGGACUAGAUGUUGUGGUUAAGCUAGAAGAAAAAUUAGCCAAAUACAAAUCGGAUCUUCCCUCGGUCCUCAGAUGGGAUCGUCCUUUUAACCCAGCAACUGACGUAACUCAGCUGUUGACUUUGAGGCGUCAGAGAAAUGUUUUACAUGCAAGAUUCCUUUACCUGCAUCUCCGCCUCUACCGUGCUGCCUUUACCCAUCUCUGCUCUGAGAUGCUGGCUCAAGAGGAUUCUGAGACUGAUCAACAUGACCCUGCCCUUCAGACGCUCUACUCAUCGAUGUUAUCCAAGUGUGCAGCGGCCUGCACAAAAGCAGCGAUCGACUUGGUCUCCCUAGUUCAUGACAACUACCAAACCUCCACUACCGACACCUGGUGGUACAAUGGUUUCUACACUUCGGUUGCGGGUAUGGUCCUCGUAAUGUCCUACACUUGCCUGCCCGCCCUAUCCAACAUCGAGAAAACUGCCGUCAACGAAGCUUGGCGUAAGUGCGAACAAAUCUUGCAGUUCAUGAUCCCGUAUCAUUUUUCGAAGAGAAAUACGUUGCUCUUUUUACGGGCCGCUCGUGAUCGGAUUCUAUCGUAUCUCGAAGACGCAAGUGAGACGAGUGUCCCUGACAGGGGUCCUGAUUCAAGUCAUGUAGAUGGCAUAGAGAAUCCUUUCGCCGAUGAUGCAGACGGCUUGUUCAACGGAGCGAACUGGCUGGGCAGUGCCGUGGCUAUGGUCGGACUGGGAUUCCUGUGCCCGACCGAUUUUAAAUGGUUUCAGGACUGGCUGGCAGAGGAGUUGCCGUAA